AUGUCUGACGGUCGUGACGGAUCUGAAACUCCCGACGCUCCCCACGUAACUGCUCAAGCUGACCUAGCCGCCCAGAUCGCCGCCCUAACUGAACAGAUGAAUCAGGAGCGAGAGAGAUGCAAAAAGUUGGAAAGAGAGAACGCCAACUUGUAUGACCGUCUCGAAGCUAUGGAGCCUAUCGAGAUCAUCGAACCUCCCGGCUUCCGAGCCCAAGUGUCUUCCAUGCAGCCUCUGGGAGAUACACCGAUCACUCGCAAGGACGGAUCCAACCAUCUCGUGAUGGAUCCGUCAUCUUCGGUAAGAAGCCGUAAUGUGGUAGGUAGUCAGACUGACCCUGGUCGUGCGACUUUAAUUGUAGGUGUUAACAUGACAACAUCUGCGCUGGAGCAAGUGCGGGAACUUGGUCAAUGCAACCCGGACGCCAGAGCCGCAGGAACACUCCGACAAGAUGGAACAACCACCAUCGGAGGACAACAUGCUCGAACCAUCUUCACCACGCCAGGCGCAGCAGUGAGCAAUGCCACCGGUGGAGGCAUACAACCCGCCAUACUGGGGCUCAACCAGACGGUCACGCCAACCCAAGUUAACCAACAGGCUGACGGACACGGUCCGAGGGAGUUCACCCAGGACCAGUUGUUUACCAAUGAAUUCGCCCAACCAACCACAACUGGCCCAUACGCAAUCAGAGAGGAAGACUUGGCGAGAAAGUUGGCGAAAAUGGAGGCCUUGAUCCAGCGAAUCCCCGGUGUCCCGGCACCCAUCCAUAAAAGUUCGGAGAACUCCUAUGCCGACUCGCCAUUUGUGGAUGAAAUUGCUUUGGUGGAAAUGCCCAUCAAGUUUAGCUUUCCGAGCAUGCAAAUGUUUGACGGCACGACAGAUCCGACCGACCACAUCGCUCAGUACAAACAAAGGAUGUUCACUGCCGCAAUUCCUCGUGAAUUGAGGCAGGCCUGCAUGUGUAAGGGGUUCGAUUCUAGUCUGACAGGACCGGCCCUCCAGUGGUACACUAACCUUCCCAAUUAUUCUAUUUCAAGUUUUGCUCAACUAACAGAUAUAUUUGUGCAGCAAUAUGCUAGUAGCAGGAAACUUGAAAAGAUAUCGGAGGAUCUGUACGCCGUGGUGCAACAGCGUGGUGAAUCUCUCCGAGACUAUAUCAGCCGAUUCAACAAGGAGAAGGUGUCCAUCACCAACUGCAACACCCAGACAGCGGUCACCGCCUUUCGAAAGGGUCUCCUUCCCGACUCAGACCUCUACAAAGACCUCACCAAAUACCCUUGUAGAACAAUGGAAGACGUGCUUGCCAAGGCAUGGGCACAAAUCAAGUGGGAGGAAGAUCAAUACAGCCACCACCGAUCUUCACCAAGCAGAAACUCUAGAAGAGACUCCAGGGUGGAAAGGAAGACGAGUGAUAGGCGGUCUGAGCCUUACCCGUCUCCACGACAAGAAUAUCGAAGGAGACAAUAUGACCAACCCUACGAGACGCGACCACGUGAAAGGGCCAAGUUACCAGAGUACAACUUGUCCAUCUCACCGGCUGAGGCAGUCCUAGCUCUCAAGAAUCUAGGCAACAAAGUCAAAUGGCCAGAAAAGAUGAGGGCACCAGCCGACCAGAGAGAUAGAUCUAAGUGGUGCGAGUUUCAUGCCGACCAUGGACACCGAACAGAGGAUUGCAUUGCACUACGAUUGGAAGUGGCACACUUACUCAAAGAGGGUCACCUAACUGAGUUCCUAACAGACAAGGGCCAACACACUCUAAAGCAUGGAAGUGAUAGACGAGACGAGCGCAGAGAAGUCACCCCACCCAACCCGCCAAACCAUGAGAGAACAGUCAAUGUCAUUUCUGGCGGAUCAGAAGUUAGUGGGAUUACACAUUCCGCUGCAAAGAAGCAUACCAGGCAAGCCAGGUCUAGCAGAACGGGGGAAAAUGUGACUGGUCAAGCUAUGGCAAACCAGCCAACACAGACAAUCAGCUUUCAAACUACGGAAUCAGACAAGCUUCUUAACCCUCAUCAUGAUGCUUUAGUUAUUUCUAUCUAUAUUGCCAAUUGUUUAACGAAACGGGUGUUGAUCGAUAAUGGCAGCUCUGCCAAUAUCAUGUUUAUUAAUGCUUUCAGGGAGAUGGGUUUGAACGAGUCAAACAUAACUAGGAAGACUGCUGUCCUCAUAGGCUUCAGCGGUGAGAGCAAAACAACCGUAGGGGAGAUCGACCUACCCGUCUAUGCCGAAGGGGUCAAUUUGUCAACAAGGUUCUUGGUGAUUGAUGCCCCCUCCGCGUUCAACGUCAUCCUCGGUCGCCCAUGGAUCCACGACAUGGAGGCAGUCCCUUCCACCUUUCAUCAAGUGGUGAAAUUUCCAACCAAGUGGGGCGUCAAGGAGAUCAGGGGAGAACAAAAGGACUCCAGAUCCUGCUACCAGACCACCAUGAAGACAAAACAUGCUUUAUAG